AUGGGCUGCUCCAGCUGGCGGCUGCUGUGGCUUGGAUGGCUUCCAGCUGCAAGCCCCCAAGAAGCCAAUGUCAACGCCCCACCUAGUGGCUUAGCGCCAGCUUCUCCCCUAAUUACCCCAAGGCCGGCCGGGGGAGGGGCGCCCCGCGCGGAGGCGGCCGCGCUGCCAGCGGAGCGCCCGGGCCUCGCGGAGGGCACAGCGCCGCCCGCCCGCAGGGGAGCCGAGAGCCGCUCGGCAGCCUCGGGGAGUCAGGGCGGCGGAGGGGCCACGGCGUCUCGGGGCGGCGGCGCCGGGAGCGGCCGCAGCGGUCCGCGUGGGCUCCCACCUCCCGCCGUGGGCUCUGCGUACGGGCCUCGGGGUCCCCCGUCCCUCAGGCCGCGGCCUGUGCCGUCCUCGCCCGACGGCAGGCGCGAGCUCCUGGACGCGCCGCUGGCCCCGGGCUGCGCGCCCGCGAGCUGCAGCCACUGCUGGCGGCGGCCGGAGGCGGCGGGUGAGGGCGCGGGGCCGCGGGGCCGCGGGGCCAGGCGCGCGCGCUCCCAGCCACGCGGCCGGCCGGCCCGCUGUCGCCCCGAGGUGGAGCGGGCGGCUGGACGUCGCGGGCCCAGGCCGGCGGCUCGGGGGCGGCGGCGGCUGCCGGGCCAAACCUUCUAUCACUUUCAAUUUCCAGGUGGCGAUGUCUCAGAGAAUGAAUGGGUUGAUGGGGAAGAUGGGAUAUCCUUCAUACACCCCAGCAGUGAACCCUACCUGCAGCCUCUGGCAGUCAUCGAGAGCCAUGGAGAAGUGGAGAUCCAACUGCACCUCAGCUAUAGGCUGCUCAGUCAUUGCCUUUUAAAAGACUGCCAGAGGCAGGCAGAGCUGGGGUUAGUCAAAUGCCUAUGCCCAGAGGGCAUGGAGCUAGCUGCAGAUAACAUCACUUGCGUGGCCCUGCCCACCCAACCAGGCCUUUUGGUUCUGUUGGUGACUGUCAUUGUGACCUCUACACUGAGCCUCCUUAUGGUGUGUGGGGUACUGAUUCUGGUCAACCAUAAGCGGCAGGGCCUGUGGGGGAUGAGGCUGCCAGGUCCUGAGCUGAGACAUCUUCAAACCUCCACCAAGACAGUUCUCAGCCCCUACUACUGCCAGCUGGGGUUUGGCUUGGCCCAGACCUGGCCUCUGCCUCCAAGGCUUACAGAGGUUUCCCCAGCCAAUGUCACUCUGUUCAGAGCCCUGGGCCACGGUGGCUUUGGAGAAGUCUAUGAGGGACUGGUAACUGGCUUUCCCUGGGACCCCAGCCCCUUGCUGGUGACUGUCAAGACCCUGCCAGAACUCUGCUCUCAGCAGAAUGAACUGGAUUUCCUCAUGGAGGCCCUCAUCAUCAGCGGCACCCGGCAUCUGAACAUUGUGUGCUGUGUGGGGCUGAGCCUCAGGACUCUCCUUCGCCUAAUUCUGCUCCAGUAUGGAGGGGACAUGAAGAGUUUCUUGAACAGCCAGCCACACUUGCCAUCACCUCUGGCCAUCUGGGACCUGUUCCAACUGGCCCAAGACAUAGCCCAGAGUUGCCACUACCUGGAGGAAAAUCACUUCAUCCAAAGAGACAUUGCUGCCAGGAACUGCCUGCUGAGCUGUACUGGGCCCAGCUGAGUGGCCAAGACUGGCGACUUUGGGAUGGCAAGAGAUAUCUACAGGUGUGGCGUCUAGGGAGCUGGGGAAGGCCACCUCUCCAAGGGAAUACCUCCAGAGGCCUUUCUGGAGGGUAUCUUCACAUCCAAGACAGACUCCUGGUCUUUUGGGGUGCUGCUCUGGGAGAUCUCAUUAGGCUACAUGCCCUACCCUGGGUGGACCAAUCAGGACAUGCUGUACUUCAUCGUUGGAGGGAAACGCAUGGGCCCUCCCAGGGGCUGUCCAGGACUUGUGUACCAUACCGUGAUGUAGUGUUGGCAGCACCAGCUUGAACUCUGCCCCAGUUUUGCUGGCAUCUUGGAGCAUCUUCAAAAUUGCAUUCAGGACCCUGAUGUGCUGAACUCAGCCCUGCCCAUGGAUCUGGGCCCACUGGAGCAGGAAGGGACUUCUGGGCUGAGGAGCAGGUCUUUGGAGGGCCUAAGAUCCCGACAGGCCCAGGAACUGAAUCUGGAGAGCUUAAAGAGCUGGGGCAGGAGCCUUCUUUGCACUGGACUCAAGACCCUCAAAUCCAAAUUCCAACCUCAGGGGAAAUUCCAAAGGAAUCUGCCCUAUGGCUCUUGA